AUGAUCGCUAAUGAUGAGCCCAACUUGAAAGUUGUGGUGCAGAGAGAGCAAAUUGAAGAUCUUGAGUUGUCGUUUUUUGAAGUUUCCAAUGCCAAAAUUGGAGAUGCAGUCACCAAGUACAUGCAAUCACGUCUGUUUGAUAGAAGCCCAAAGAGGCAAUUGAGGAAGAAGAGCAAAGAAACUCUGACAAAGGCAUAUCUGGGCGCAAGAGUGAAGAUCAGGGAGGCAGAGAAAGCAGAGGAGACAUGGAAAGUGGGCUCAGCAUCUGCCAUAGUCAUCAAUGGGGAGAGGCUUGUGAUGGCCAACAUGGGUGAAUACAGAGCUGUUGUGUGCAGAGAUGGUGAAGCUCAUCCGAUCAGUAGGAGGCAACAACAAGGUACCAAAAGACACUGGUUUCUCAGAUUCAUUCCAGGUGUCAUAUGCAUGCCUAAAGUGCGCACAUCUAAAAGCUCAGAAGUUGUGGUUGGAGAAGAAAGAAUAGACUCUGAUACAGAGUUUAUGUUUCCUUCAUUGUUUUUCGAAGCCACUUACAAUUUAUAUAACUAG